AGUUUCUUUAAAAUAGGCAAAUUGCUUUUAGACACAAAUCAAUGUUUGUAUACUUACUUAUCUAUGUGUAAUUCUUGCCUGUUUUCCAAGAAAACUCUGCCUGGAGAAAUGCACAGAAAACAGUCAAUUCAAAUGAACAAGCAGCCACGUUGUUGUAUCCAACCUAAACAAGGAGCCUCCGGUGGCCAAGGGGAUAAAAGCCUGGACUGUCUCACACAAUCCAAACGCUCCUGAUAGAUGGCCAUCCAAGCUUCAGAGAAGGAGACUCCACCAUGCUCUAAGGCAAUGCAGAUGGCCAACUCCCUCAUGCCAGAAGCAACUUGUAGUUUCUCAAGUCGAUCCUGGAGCCCCCGAUGGCAUAGUGGACUAAAGCCUUGUGACUUGAAGGUUGUGUUGCUGACCUGAAAGCUGCCAGGUUCGAAUCCCACCUGGGGGAUAGCUCCCUCUAUCAGCUCCAGCUCCAUGCGGGGACAUGAGAGAAGCCUCCCACAAGGAUGGUAAAACAUCAAAACAUCUGGGCGUCCCCUGGGCAACAUCCUUGCAGACGGCCAAUUCUCUCACUCCAGAAGCAACUCCAGUUGCUCCUGACACGAAAAAAAAAAUCCAACCUAAACCAUGCUUUGAGUUGUAAGUGCCUUUAAUUUCAAUCAGCCUGUAAUAAGCAUUCUUAGGAGCCCCCUAUGGCACAGCAGAUUAAACCGCUGAGCUGCUGAGUUUGCUGACCGAAAGGUUGGCGUUUCGAAUCCGGGGAGCAGGGUGAGCUUCCACUAUUAGCCCCAGCUUCUGCCAACCUAGCAGUUUGAAAACAUGCAAAUGUGAGUAGAUCAAUAGGUACUGCUUCUGCAGGAAGGUAAAGGCACUCCAUGCAGUCAUGCUGUCCAUAUGACUUAGGAGGUGUCUAUGGACAAUGCCGGCUCUUUGGCUUAGAAAUGGAGAUGAACACCAACCCCCAGAAUUGGACAUGACUAGACUUAAUGUCUAGUCCUUUACCUUUACCUUUAAGCGUGCUUAAGUCCAACCAGGAUGAAGCUAUAGAGGCAACUCCUGUAUUGCAAAGCAUUUUAGAAUGGCAUAGUCUUGAAAGUACAGUUAAGACCCAUUGCUUGUAUAAAAACCCUGCUUCUAGUGAAUGCAAGGAACGUUACUACAGCAAGCUUGUUACAGAGCAAGACAUCUGCUUGCCUCUUUCAGUUCUCCGUGGGGCUAUGGCUAUAGGAAAAUGUAUGAAGAACACCAGUACUUUCACUAUUUCUCUACCACACCACUCUCAACAAUACAACAGCUGAGCUCCCUUCUACAAUUGCAAAUUCCACACCUGGAAAUAAGGAUGGGAAAUCACAAUGACAGGGGUAACAGUAAGAAAAGGGUAUAUUGCAUGGAAUUGAUUUUUUUAAAUGAAAUAUUAAGAAGAGGGUGCAUCAGAGAUAGGGAUAGUUAACCUUUUUUGUGUGUCAGGAGCAACUUGAGAAACUGCAAGUCGCUUCUGGAGUGAGAGAAUUGGCCAUCUGCAAGGACGUUGCCCAGGGGAUGGCCGGAUGUUUUGAUGUUAUUUCCAUCCGUGUGGGAGGCUUCUCUCAUGUAUCUGCAUGGAGCUGGAGUUGAUAGGGGGAGCUCAGCCACACUCUCUCUGUGUUGGAUUCAAACCGGCAAGCUUCAGGGGGUCUUCUUCACUCCUAAGCUCUAGCUCCAUAUCUUCCAAGACGUGUAAAGGUGCAAACCAAGCAAGAUGCCCAUCAAUCUGGAUGAUAUGAUGCAACUUCUGUGCCGUGUCUCUGAAAUGCGGGGGAUGAGGGCUGCCCUGAUGCACUCCGGACGGGGGGCACUUGCAGCAUUUAUGGGUGCUUUCUGUGGAGGCUUAAUGGGAGGCCCGCCUGGUAUUGCUGUAGGAAGUGCAGUUGGUGGUCUCCUCGGUUAUCGCUUAUCCAGUGGACAAUUCAAACCUGUCCCUCAGAUUAUUCUGGAACUGACUCCCAGGGAGAAGAAGAAGCUUUAUGAUGAAGCCUUUGCUAUAAUUAGGAAUCUGGAAUGGACCGACGCGGCGCAGGUCACAGCCUUGGUCAUGGGGAAUGCAGGCCUUCAAACAAAACUGCUUGGGGUGAUGACGAAUUUCCUCACCAAUGAGCUCCGAGCUGAAAUCCAGUAUGGACAGUAGUAACGCUUGUGUGGAUAUCUGCGGAAAUGAAUGGGUGGAAUUCCCAAAUACUGUUAUAAAUGCAUAAUCAGAGUUACAAAUCCAUAGCUGAUUCGUAUUCAUGAUCCCUACAUAUUCAAUAGGAUAUGUAAGUCCUCUGGUUCUGAUAUACCAGGCAGCAGCUGAUGCAAGCAAAGGAGCUCUGUUCUCUUAUCAAUUCAGAUACAGCAGGCUGAUGUUUCCAAUCCUCUUCUGGCAGUGACUUUCAUGUGAAGAGGAACUGGAGUAGGAUCCUGCUUCCGAUUGUCACACUAGAGAUCACUGUCAGGAAGGGGACAGGACAGUCUGUUUGCUGCAUCCCAGUUGACUGCAGAACAGACCUUUGUUGCUUGCAGUGGUGGCUGUCUGGGAAGUCAGGUUAGGAUGGGAGUUGGGCCGGAAGACAAUAUUUAGCUAUGUAACUCAUCAACAAGUAGUUUAUCUAUAAUGCUAGUCAUUGUCAUCAAUGGGGCUGUGUAUAUAAGGUUCAAAUCUUAGGUUUCAUGCUUCCCUUUCUUUGCCUAAUACUCAUUGUUAGUUUUGUUUCUGGUGGAAUUCCUUGAUUUCAAACAAGCAAAGAAAAAAGCAACUCCCAAGUCACAAAAUGUAUUUUUAUGUACGGAGCAAAUGACACAGCAAACCUGCAUUUUUAUAUUCUUGGUAUUGAAAUAAAUGAGUUUCCUUUGAA